UUCUGAAGUUCGGUCAAACUGGUAGGUGUUCUUUGGUGUUCUGUGGUCUGGUCCGCCGAAUAUGCACGGCAAUCUCUAUUUUUCACAGAGAGCGCGUAAAAAAUAGAGGUGCCAGAGAGUACCUUUGGUGCCGUACCUUCUCUUCGCGGACUUAGCUACAGCACCGAUUUUCGUAGGAAGAGGCUGAGCGACAGCGGUUUUGCCGGAGGCCGACGAAGUGGAUGCUUAACCAUCGAGGGAGAUCUUGUGGCUAAUACAGGAAUGGCACAAAAGAGAUGUCUUUGUGGUCAAGUGGCCAAUAUGGAUGCUGCAAGCCAGAUGCCAGGCUGGAAAGUGCGCCGGGAGGUGUCCAUACAGUGCAACUUGCUUCCUCCGCCUGCCCCUCCACUGAUAUCUUGUGACCCUGGAAGUGCAACGCUAUCGAGGGCAUCGAAUCUGAACGACUCGCAUCAUUUUCUGUCGAAGGAGGCAGUGGACCAGCAUAGUGGAGUGAGUGACACUUUCAAGAAAGUGAGCAGCAGCAGUGGGGCAACUGACAGCGCUGAAGAAGUGAGCAACAAUAGUGCAUCAACGGACAGAACUGAGAUAGUGGGCAGCUAUAGAGGAGCAACCGACAGUGUCAUGAAAGACAGCAACUCUAGUGGAGCAACGGACAGUGCCGAGAAAGUAAGCUACUAUAGUGGGGCAACUAACAGGGUCGAAAAAGUUAGCAACCAUAGUGAAGCAACUGACAAUGUAGAGAAAGUGAACAGCAAUAGUGGAGCAGUAAACAGUGCCAAGAAAGCGAGCAAUGUCAUUCAGCCUACAGCAAAAGGGAAGUGGCGAUUUUGCCAGCUGUGUCCUUUCAAAACGAAACUGGAGUAUGCAUUCAAGACCCACGUGUUGGCUCACAUAGGCAAUGAAUCCACCGAGUGCCCUAUCUGUUUAGCGAAAUUCACGAAGACACAUGACAUCUUUUCCCACAUGCAACAAGUGCAUUUAGUUGGAGAACUGUACAGGUGUGACCUGUGCCCAUGUAAAACACUCUACAAGAACGUCAUGGAAAAGCACAAGCGAGUUCAUGCAACAAACAAGUUAUAUACAUGUGACGUGUGCCCGUAUGUCAGUGUUCAUCGUUCUCGGAUGAACAAGCACAAGCUCACACACGCGGGUGCGAAGCCAUUCAUAUGUAAAAUGUGCCCUUUUGCCUGUGCCACACGGAGAACGCUGAGUAAACACAUGCUAAGGAUGCACCCUGAAUCAUAGAUUUCUCCAGGCACUUGCGUGUUUUACACUUGAGCUUUAAAGGAAUGAGCAGCGUGUGGCUCGAUUCUACGAAAAACGGAUCCUUUUGUUAGUACUGUGUACUGUACCUAAAAUCUGAUAAAUUUGGAGAGCCUUUCAACAGAUUAGUCCCUGAAUUCAACUGUCUGGUUUGGACUGGUACACAAGUGAUUUCGAAAGCUACCAAGUCAAUAGUCUAUCAAAUCAACAGAAAACCUUGCAACUCCAUCGAAACCCCAGUGGCUGUCGAGCAAUGGAAUCAAGAACUGUGGAAAUGUGCUCUCUUGUUCACAGCCUCCUCAAUUCAAUAUUGAAAAACUGAUUGAGUGCCGUGAAAUUAU